CCAAAUAUUACAAACAAAUUGCUGACAGAGAAGAUAACUGUAAAAACCAAAGAAGGGACACUACAGUCUGUACUUUAUAGAUAACCAACACUAUCCACUUGUUGGCCCUUGUAACACAGAGUUUCAAAUGCUGCUAUUUCACCAUUGUCUCUCACUUCACACAAACACUUUGCAUAAUCCUUCUAUCUAUUCUAUCUCUCUUUCUGCUUGUAUUUUUGAGAGAUGGGAUUCAUUCAUGAACACAAGAAGAAGAAGAAAAAUUUGUUUGGUUGAAGCAGUAGAAAAAGAUUCAGAAUUUGAAAUUGAUGCAGAUAAGGCCCGUGAAGCGUUGAGAAAGCUUGAUGAACAGCUUCAAUCCCUUUCUCAGAAACAAAUUGAUCCUCCUAAGAUUAGGGCUACUGAAGUGACCCGUGCUAGCCGCGAAGUGACUGAGUCUACUAAUGAUCUUGAAGGAUCCUUUUUGACUACCUUAGCCUUCGGUCUGUUACUCUUCACUAUUUUCUACAAUAUACUCUUCAGUACUGUAAUCAAACCUGCAAUUGAUGGACCAGAAACAGUUGCAGAAGUAGAUUUAUAUGCUUCAAACUCUUGAAACAGCAAUGGUACAACAGUUGUAAUUGAUACAUGGAGCUUAUACUGAGCUGUGAAGUGACAUUGUGUUGACGUAAAAAGGUUGAAGCAACUGUAUAAUGCUAUUUCAGAGUAAGUCAUACCUGCUUUGCAUCUCAUGCACAAUAUCGGCUAAUGAUGUACACCUCAAGAGACUGAAAACUGAGGCUGUAACUACUUUUGCACUUUGGUUUCUGGUCACCAGCUCAACAUCUUUCUACCUUGCAUGUAAAAAUUUUACAUUCUGUUGCUCACCUGUGCUGUAAUUUGAGUAUGUGAAGAAAAGAUGGCAAUGAAUAUUAUCUUUAAUAACAAGGGUGUGGUCUUAUUAUGUUGUGA